UUGUCUGACUUUCGAACAAUCUUUCCUGCUAGAUAUUUUAAUCAAAUUGUUUAUUAGAUGAAUUUGCCGCACCUUUGAGACGAUUUUGCCCCUGGUGAGAAAGUAGCGGGAAAUCUGGUCAUAGAAGGCAGCGGCCUCAGACUCUACAGACUGGAUUUCGGCCAGGGUGUCCUCCUGGAUGGACACGCCAAAGUUGUUUCCGUCUUCAAUCUUUGGAAUCAGGAACGACACCCACAUCUUCAGCUGCAAUUUGGCCGUUUAAGUAACAAAAUGGAGGUAAAUCCUGAGUAGGACGAACCACAUUGGAAUCCUCGACGAGCUGCCGGACGUGCGGCUUGACCUGGAAGACCAGGUUGCAGAGGUGCUUGUUGCAGGGCACGGCCCCGUUGGUCAGGGCCAUCACCUUGGUGCCCGUGAUUUCUUCCAGCUUCGAGUCAGCCUUCCACCGCUUGUUCACGGGCUCAGAGUGGCUGCGGCAAAAUAAUUUAGAAAAAAAUUUAUUUUGGUGUGAAAAUUUAAAACCUGUUUAGCUGGACCGGUUCUGGGACAGGAAUAUUGAGCGAUUCGUGCACCUCCUCCAGGUUCUUCCUGUUGAAGUCGCUCGUCUUCAAAAGCUCAUCCAAGACCACGAUUUUCCGAGGAAACUCCUUCAGCACGAGCUCCUCGGCCUUCAAUCAAGAACAAAAGACAAUUCAGAAAAAUAUCUUUAUUUAAAUCUAUUUCAAAAAUGACUAUGAAUUUUUUUCAUUCCCAGAAGAUCCGUGAGGCCAAAUCAAAGAUAAGAAAUGGAUCAGUACCUGUUUCUUGACGCGCUCUUUGUAUUCCAGAACCUGAAAUUAAAUUCGUCAAAAGUUUAAUUCGGGUGAAAUUUUGAAAAUCUCUGGGAGAGGAAAAAGAUGGACGAUAUUUUUAGUAUUUUGCAGUGCGUCAAACUUUUGGCCGCGUUUUGCGUGAUUGUUUUGCUAAUCAACAAGCGAAGUGGCACUUUGAAAAGAAUCGUUUCGAAACGCGCACUUGCAUUCGAAUUGCGCCGUUGCCUCGAAACGAGAGCAACGAUCGUGCCGGGGCGCUUUGUUUACCAUCCGAAAAACUCCUUUUUCGCUCGCAUUCCCCUCAAAUUUUGCUCAUUCCGCACUCGGAUGACCGCAAGGGACCUCAGAGGUCACGUCCCGUCCGAUUGUGGUCGACGAGGGACGCGUGUCCGCGGCAAGCGAGUCCGAAACGCGAGCAAAAACAAAGCGAAACGUGCGAGGAGAUCGAGAGACUCGGUCUGUCUGCCAGUUUUCAGGGCCGACCUUGGCGAGCAAAUUAUACCUUUUUCGCGUCUGAGUCGGCCAUCGCAAGGGUUCGCUUCCUUAGUUUACUAAACUCUGAGAUAGAAUCACAAAAAGCAGUCGGUCGAGUGCGUCGCCCUGCGAGAGACACUUCUUCAACGACAGAUCAGAUUUUCACUCCUCCCCGUCCGAAAAACGUGCGCAAACCUGGCGCAAACGUGCCCACGAGGGGAGGGAAGGAACUCGAAUCAAAACAACCAGCACCGAAAACUAAAACCUUCAUUCGUUUGGCGAAACGCUUUUUCUUUGCUAAAAUAAUACUAAAUUUAAUUAUUAAGCUUCUUAAAACAAAUAUCCUUAAAUUUAUAUAGAAAUUAAGACGUUUGUUAAAUGACAAAAAAUCAGAUUCUGGUUUGAAUAAAAAAGGCGGGAAACCCAAAAGGCGGCAAAAAUCACUCUGCCUGCAAAUUCAAUAAGCAACAAAGGCGUCAACAGACAUUGCCUUCCAUUAUUUCCAAUUGUUGCGAUUUGUUCUUAAAAGUUAUCUUUAGUUCCAAUUGUAAUUUAAAAUGAAAUUCUUCAUGGAGAAAGAGGUGGCGGAGCACAGCCGGUCGAGCGACCUUUGGCUGGUGGUCUUCGGCAGGGUGCUGGACGUGACCCCGCUGGUGCACGCGGUGGGGCCGGACGCCGAGGAGAUGAGACCGAUCCUCAGAUUCGCCGGCCAGGAUGUCAGCCACUGGUUCGACCCUCACACCCAAGAGUUCUUGAGGUACACAGACGUGGCAAGCGGACAGCGGCUGCCGUUCGAUCUGCACGGCGUGCCUCCCCACGUGUUGGACGACACCAUGGAACCCGUCUGGUGGCGGGAUGAGCGACUUCAGGUCGGUCAAGUCACCAAAAAACAGAGGACAAUCCGUAUCAUCAACACCCUCACUGGCAAAACCACUAAUAUUGACUGCUGCGCCGAAGACACCUGCGAGGAGAUCAAACGGCGGUACGAGGCCCUGGGCCUGAUUGUGUCAGGGUACGCGUGGAUCUGUAGCCUGAGUGGCCAGGAGCUGGACCCUGACAAGAUCCUGGAGGAAAACGGCAUCAUCGACGAGAGCGACCUUUUUGAGCGUCUCUGCUUGCCCGUCGACCUGCACACCCCCUCCAUUCUCCUGGUGUACAGGGACACUCUGACACCGCCUCUGCCUCUGCAACUGGACCCUGACCUUGACCUCUGUUGUGACAUUCAGUGAAAAAAACCCAGCCAGUUCGAAACUAACCGAUGCAUUUAAUUACAAUAAAAAAAUAAAUCAGGGGUCAAUCUUGUGGGAGGCCUUGACGAAUCUCUUGGGUCGGAAUUUCCUCUUCACCCUGAAAGUUGACAAGUUUAGUUUUUUCCAAAGAAAUCAGCAAGUUCAAAAUGACUUUCUUUUAGAAAAAUUUCCAUAAAUUAAAAAUGAAUAACCCGUCUUAAUUUUCUGUGACUAGUUUCUUUUUUUAACAAUAAUUAAUUUCUUACUUUUGUCUGACACGGGUCUCAAUGACAUUCCUCUUUUGCAUGCUUUUGAAGCGGUCAGCGAGGAUGCUGCCCUCGGCCUUAAGUUGGCGGACGUUGCCCUUGAUGUCCUUGGGCAGGUUAAAGUCGAGCUCGGCCGCCUCAAAGUUGUAGUUGGCCAUCUUCUUGGGCUGCAACUCCUUCUUGGCCAGCGCCUGCAACUUGAGGACCUUGUUGCGCGCCAUCUCCUCCGUCUCUGCCCGCAUCUCCUCCUCCACCUUCUUC